AACUCAGUACGUAGCUCCAGCUAUCAAGGAGAGCAAGGCCAGAUCUUAGGGAGGGACCAGCAACUGUUGGCUUCCACAUCUUACGCCAGCUCCGCAGUCCUCGAUUCGAGAACAAAGAGAUCGCAACCGACCUCGACUUUUCCCUCUUUAUCCCCUAGACGAGUCAAUUUCAACAAUCCUCGCCACAAUUUCGACUCUAAAUUUUCAUUAGCGGUUCACGAGGAGCUCGUCGUCAUGGUCGCGCCAGCGGUCCCUGAAAUCACCGAGGAGAUCCUCCACGAGUCGAUCGAUGCACGAACCGAAUCCCUCUCUGGUCUAAGAGAACUUGGUCCUCCCGAUCUUGUUCAUCUUCUCAAGCAUGCCGUGCGAAACCCAGCUAAACAGACUGGCGUUUAUCACCAUGUUACCGGCGUCGAUGCAUCCUCUUCUGCGAGUCUAGCAGCAUAUAUUAAUACCCUAACCUACAAAGAAUCUGGGCCAAAUGCGACAAACAAGAUUGUCGAGGGUGUCUACUGCUGCUACAAUGCCUUCUCGCGACUCGACAUGCGCGUACACGUAUCGAUCCCCGGAACCGUAGAAAGCUACUGCGUUGACGAACGAGGCGAGAAGAGGAAAGCAUCGGAGGAGCUUUGGCUGGAGACUUAUCUGUGCAGUGUUCUUCGAGCUUACUCAUACGCAGACGAUGGCAGCGGCGAUACCAUUCGAAAGAUCAUGGGUGUUCGAAGAUUCAAUCCUGUUACAAACACUGAAACCGAGCAUCGUUUCCUCCAUGCCGCAGAACAGCUCUUCUUUAGGGGAUGGCAGCUGGGUUCCGAUUCUGUGGUUCAGGUGCCUACCAACGUGUCGAAUCACCUAACUACGGGUCUGCUCAAGUACCUCGAGACAACCGGACGAUAUGCCUCUGGAAUCAACUUGUUUGAGAAACUUCGAACGCAAAGCGUUGAGGUAUCAUCUCUACUGGCAAAGGUCAUGUUCAUGGGCCAUGAGGAGGUUGCUGGUGUCCGAACGCUUCACCAGUCCUUGCAAGAGACUCCUAUGGACUAUGUCAUGCUCGACACUCAAGCUGAAUUCCUGUUGCACAAGGCCAAGAGUGCCCCUACGCCUGAGCUUAGAGACGAAAGACUCAAGAUGUCUCUUGGCUGUGCGGAUCGCGCUACUGUCGCUGCCCCAACCGAGUUCAGCACCUGGGCGAGACUGGCUCAAGUCUACGUAGCUAUGGAGGAUUGGGACAAUGCGCUCACCAUUCUCAACUCAUGCCCUAUGUUCACUUACCAAGACAAGGACACGCCUCUGAUGCCAGAACCAAAGGAGGUUCACUUGCCAACCCUCCCCGAAACUCGCCUUGACGAGAUUGACAGCGAGCCUGAAUCACGAUACUCAGAACAGGUCGACCCUAGCUUGCUCAACCUGCGCGCAGCAUCCUACAGGGGCACUUUUAAGAAGGCGUAUGACAUUCUGACCGAGAUGACGGCCAAGAUUGGCUGGGAUCAGUUGCUGAAGAUCAGGAGUAAUGUAUUUGUGAUGGAGGAUGAGUAUCGCACAGAGAAGCAAGAGGCUACUCAGCCAGCCUCUUCAGCGAAGAGAACUCCUAGCACAGAUGGUCUACGGGGCACACCUGAUCAGACCGUCAACCAAGAUGAUGAGACCGAGGAUGAAGAGGCAGAGAAGCUUGAUGAGGCCACUUCCAAAGCUGAGGAAGCCAGCGAGGAAGUCCCUGCCACCAACGGUACUAGCGAACAGGAUAAGAUCGAGAAGCCUUCUAAUGUUAUCGAUCCAGGCGAGGCAAAGGCGGACAGUGAGACAACCAAGAAUGACGAGCAUCUGUCCAAGCUCAACACCAAGCGUCUUUGUGAGCGCUGGCUAGACAGCCUCUUCAUGGUGCUCUACGAAGACCUGCGUGUCUACACAAUCUGGCGUACCCAGAUGGCUCAGUACCGUGCCCAGCAGAUGCAGUACAAGAAGUCGGCAGAGGAGUGGGAGAUCCUUGGUUCUCUCGCCGAGCGUCUUCAGCACGUCGACGAAGCUGUCGAGGCGUAUCGCGCAUGCCUAUCAAUCCGAUUCAGCCCCAAGGCCCUCGCGGGCAUCCUACGUGUCUUUGAAAAGACCAAGAGCACAAGAGAGACGGUGGCAUCCGUCAUCCGACUAGUGACAUGGCAGUACCGAUGGUACAGCGAGUUCAGCCCUGAGCUGCUGCACACGAUACGGACUCUUAUCGAGGACGAGGGAGCAGUGAAGGUCCGAAGCAUCAUUCAAGCUACUAGCUUGCCGCAGAAUGUGCUGGAUCUCACACAUCACUAUGCUGCGCUGUGCGCAACAUUCAGGAGCAGUGGUACCGACGGUUAGGAUUGAGCGAUAUGAUCUGUUUCAAAAGGAUGUUUGUCGAUGAUGGAUGUUUAGAUAUACAUUGGGGAGAUGCGUGGUAUAGGAGCAAGCUAAUUGACGAUUCAAGUCCUUGGUAGGGUAAAAGUUUCGUUCAGGGAGUUUCUGGGUGAUGCGUGAUUCAGUGUUGGAAGAACAGUAAUGCGAUGUAUAUCAGUAUGAGCAGCAUGGCCCUUGGGUAUCUCGGGCUGUUCUUGGUUUGGAUCUCCUGUAACCUUGAUUCUGUGUUGAACAGCUACGAUACUUGAUGCUCUUAUGCUGGAACCCUUCCCUUCAAUGGGUGAAAGUAGUCUCC